CAAUUUUAAAAUUUUAGUACAGCUUAUAUAUAUAUUAUAUAAAUUAUUAUUUUUAAAUCUUAAUUAUUGUACGAUAUGCUUUUUAGAGUCAUAUUUGGUACCUGCUGGAACAUUCUUGCAUCUUAACAUUUACGGAGUCCACAGAGAUCCUAAUUUUUGGUCAAAUCCAGAAGUAUUUGAUCCUGAUAGAUUCUUGCCUGAGAAGAUCCGACAUCGUCAUCCUUAUUCGUAUUUACCAUUCAGUGCUGGUCCACGUAACUGUAUCGGUCAACGAUUUGCUAUGCUGGAAAUGAAGGCCAUGAUAGCUCCUCUGGUACACAAUUUCUACUUGGAGCCUAUUGAUUAUUUAAAGAAUCUUCGAAUGCAGGUUGAUUUGGUACUUCGCUUUACUCAGCCACUUCGUGUAAAAUUUAUCCCUGUCUGUAAAAUGAAAGCAAGCCCUUGAAACAAAUAUCGACUUAAUGAAGAUCAUAAAAGGCUAAAAAAGGUUUUAUUUACUUAUACAAUAAUUGUUAAUAACUCUGUAAUAGUAACACUUUGCACAUUAUCGGUCACGGUCACGGUCAAAAUAAAAAUAUAAAUAAAAUGUAAUAAUUGAUCGCGUAUAAAGCUGGGUCUAAUCAACCAAUGGCAUCGAA